AUGAUUAUUGGCAACGAAUUAGUUGAAACUCUUUAUGAUGACAUUUUCACUAAGGUGAGGAGCGGAUUUGGCGUUUCGGAUGAGUUUCUACUCUCAAAUUUUGAUUUUGAAAAUCUUCGAGAAGGAGGAGGAAAGGGAGGAAGUUUGUUGAGUCGUUCGUUGUGUGGAAACUUUUUUGUGAAGGAGCUCUCCAAAUCUGACAAACACACCAUAUUGAGUGGAAGUUUUUGUGAGUUGUAUUCGGAGUGUGUACUUUCAAGGGAUUCUCUACUAUGCCGAAUUCUGUGUAUAUUUACAAGACGCGUGGACGGAAAAUUAUAUAUUGCCAUGGGUAACUGCAUUCCUAUAUCUGAAAAAAGUUGGGAUUUGAUUUAUGACUUGAAGGGUACCGCAGAUGACAAGACUUUAGUACGAAACGGGAAAACUGUAGACGAAGUUCACAAGAGAUUUUGGAGGCUGGAUUGGAUGUUUUUAGAGGCCAUUGGUAAAGUAACUAAGAAUCGCCUUCGCUACGUUGAGGGUAAAAGAGAGGCUUUUACGAGCUCAAUUAUUCUCACUACUGAACAGAAAAAAGAAAUUAUGACUACGAUCAAACGAGACUUGCAGUUUUUCGUUGAGCAAGACUUAAUGGAUUAUUCUAUGAUAGUGGCGAUUAAACAAAUAGAUAAAGUGCAUGAGAAAAUUUCUUUCGAAAGUACCGCGAUUCACGAGGAUAUGUACAAUUCCUUCAAAGUUUGGGAUGGUGACAAGUUAUAUAUAGUUUAUGUUGGAAUUAUAGAUUUUCUGCAAGGUUGGACAACGGGAAAGAGAGUGGCUCACGUAAUAAAAUGUAUGUUUGCACCAAAACCUAUUUCUACAGUGCACCCAGUCGUGUAUGCUGAGCAAUUUGAGAAUUUUUUCGAAAAGAAAUUCUGCACAACAUAG